AUGGUUGGUGCGGGAACUAGUAUCGAAUUCUCCGCCAAGACACCCUGCGAGUUUAUUGAGGCGAGGCACAUUCAUCCAACUCUGUCCUGCGCCAACCUUUCGCCGCGUGCGCGUGUGCGCGCACCAAACAUGGGAAGUGGGGACUUGACUUGUGGGGCAGGGUCAAUCGUUGCUUGUUUAGACAACAUGCUCCAACACUGUAAUAAGGAGGUCUCUUGCAAACAGGAACUUUUAAGACGAGGACAGUUGUUUCAAACUCAGCAGCUAGGCAAGGCUCCAGGCAUCACAAUCAUCUCUGAGGAACUGUGUAGCUCCCUCAGUCGGCCUCCAGUCAUGCCAAACCCUCAAAAAACAGCUAUCAUUGCCUGCGGUGGAGAAAUCUUCUCCAGGGAGAGGUUGGAAGUCUCGUGUGCGCUCAGGAAUACCGACCAGGACGCGGCCCAUAGGUCAAAGGAAAGAUCGCACGGCGACGUGAAGGCAGUGUCCUCUGGUUUUGCUUCUGACCUCACCCAACACCACCACUUUGCCAAAGCCAACCCCUCAUCAUUGGGCGUCGCUGUCCUUUUGCCAUCAUCAGAGGAACCACAACUUUCUGCAAUGGGCCUUACUAAGGACAACAUUCCGAAAACAGAGAAACGUCCUGGGCAUCAUUUACUGAUUUGUUACCAGCCCCGUUGCAUUUAUACUGGUCCGAUUUUCAACAAAUACUUAAUCAUCUCUUCUGCACAUGAGGCGCGUGAGCGCAUGUGUGAGGCGAGUAAUACGUACGCAUAUCGAUUGAUUUGUCCACGGACGCGCGUCCGUGCACGUGCUCAAGGCAGCCAGAGGUUGCGCGCCGGCCAGAGGCAGACUGCUUGCGUGCUUGCGCGCAUCAGUGGCCGUGGGGAAAAUCGCACGGAGGGUGUGUUGAUCCAUCCACUCAACACACCACAUGCCCGGCCGAUGCACGAUGCUGGCUGCCAUCUGAUUGGUCGCCCUGAGGCGACAGUGCUCAGGCGUGUACGCUCACAAACAGCGGCGUGCUGUUCCCUACUUUCACCCAGGUUCUACGCCGGCCUUUCAAAGGGCGAGGCAGGUGGACGCUCGCAGUGGGUGUGCUCAGCGUGA